GGCCCAGCAGGCCCAGCAGCCCCGGGGCGGAUGGCACGGGCCGCCUGUCUCCUCCGCGCGGUCUCGCGCGCCCUCCUGCUCCAGCUGCCUCUGCUGCUGCUGUUGUUGCUGCUGCUCCUGCCGCCGCCGCUGAUGGCCCGACCCAGGCCACCGGAUAGCCACCGUCACCGCCCCGGGAAGAGAGGGCCGCAGCUCCCACAGGCAGCUCUGCCUAAUAGCUUGACUUCUGCCCCAUCCUCCCAUUGGGCCCCUAGUCCUGCUGGUGGCUCCAGACUUCCACGAUGUGGUGUGCCUGACCCACCUGAUGUGCUGAAUGCCCGAAACCGACAGAAGCGCUUCGUGUUGUCAGGAGGGCGCUGGGAGAAGACAGACCUCACCUAUAGGAUCCUCCGGUUCCCAUGGCAGCUUGUAAGGGAGCAGGUACGGCAGACGGUGGCAGAGGCCCUCCAGGUAUGGAGUGAGGUGACACCACUCACUUUCACCGAGGUGCAUGAGGGACACGCUGACAUCAUGAUUGACUUCACCAGGUACUGGCAUGGGGACAACUUGCCAUUUGAUGGGCCUGGAGGCAUCCUGGCCCAUGCUUUCUUCCCCAAGACCCACCGAGAAGGAGAUGUUCACUUUGACUAUGAUGAAACUUGGACUAUUGGGGACAACCAGGGAACAGACCUGCUACAAGUGGCAGCUCAUGAAUUUGGCCAUGUUCUGGGGCUGCAACACACCACAGCAGCUAAGGCCCUCAUGUCCCCUUUCUACACCUUCCGAUACCCACUGAGCCUCAGCCCAGAUGACCGGAGGGGCAUCCAGCACCUCUAUGGCCGGCGCCAGCCGGCCCCCACCUCCCACACCCCAGCCUUGGGCUCCCAGGCUGGGAUAGAUACCAACGAGAUUGCACUGCUGGAGCCGGAAACCCCACCGGAUGUCUGUGAGACUUCCUUUGAUGCAGUUUCCACCAUCCGAGGCGAGCUCUUCUUCUUCAAAGCCGGCUUUGUGUGGAGGCUGCGCAGUGGGCAGCUGCAGCCUGGGUAUCCUGCUUUGGCCUCUCGGCACUGGCAAGGAUUGCCCAGCCCUGUGGAUGCAGCUUUUGAGGAUGCUCAGGGUCAUAUUUGGUUCUUCCAAGGUGCUCAGUACUGGGUAUACGAUGGUGAGAAACCAUUCCUAGGCCCUGCACCACUCUCCGAGCUGGGCCUGCAGGGGUCUCUGGUCCAUGCUGCCCUGGUCUGGGGUCCCGAGAAAAACAAGAUCUACUUCUUCCGAGGUGGAGACUACUGGCGUUUCCACCCCAGAACCCAACGUGUAGACAAUCCUGUGCCCCGACGUGCCACUGACUGGCGAGGGGUACCUUCCGAGAUCGACGCUGCCUUCCAGGAUGCUGAGGGGUAUGCCUACUUCCUGCGUGGCCAUCUCUACUGGAAGUUUGACCCUGUGAAGGUGAAGGUUCUGGAGGGCUUUCCUCGCCCUAUAGGUCCUGACUUCUUUGACUGUGCAGAGCCUGCCAAUACCUUCCGCUGACAACACCUUGGAUG